AUGACAAUUGUACUCAAGUUAUUGUUGUGCUUACAGAUCAUCUUCUACGAGGACAGGAACUUCCAGGGUCGUCAUUAUGAGACCAGUAGCGACUGUCCUGAGCUGACCUCCUACCUGAGCCGGUGCCACUCCUGUAGGGUGGAGAGCGGCUGCUGCAUGGUUUAUGACCGUCCCAACUACAUGGGUAACCAGUACCUUCUGCGGAGGGGCGAGUAUGCUGACUACAUGAGCAUGAUGGGAAUGUCCGACUGCAUCAGGUCCUGCCGUAUGAUCCCCGUGCACAGGGGGCAAUACAGAAUGAGGAUCUAUGAGAGGGAAAACUUCACUGGUCAGAUGAAGGAGCUCUCUGAUGACUGUGAUAACAUCCAGGAGCGUCAUCGCAUGUCUGAGUGCCAAUCCUGCAAUGUCAUGGAUGGUCACUGGCUGUUGUAUGAGCAGCCCCACUUCAGAGGCAGAAUGAUGUACCUGAGGCCCGGAGAGUACAGGAGUCUCAGAGAGAUGGGCAUGAGCCUUUCAAGGAUCAUGAGCAUGAGGCGUAUCAUGGAUUCCUGCAACUAA